AAAUCAACGUUUGCGUGAUACUGAGCCACCUACAUAUUCUUGAAUAGUGAUUAAUCACAGUUUUAGGUUAUUAACUCUAAUGAUUAGAGUAUCACAGUCUCUAAAAUGAAAUAAAGCUACAGUGGCUUCGGAAAGUAUUCAGAUUGAUUCCCAUUUUACACACUUCAUUGUGUUGUAGAUUUAAUUUCGUAUGGAUUAAAUUGUCGUUUUGCCCAUCAGUCUACACUCAAUAACCCAUAAUGACAAAGUGAAAAUAGAAGCACCAUUGGAAGCGAUCACAGUCUCCAGUCUUCUUGGUUUACCCCCUCCCCACUCAUUUGGAAGUUAAUAAGAGAGACCCUCCAGAGACCCACAGGCACUACUAUCACAAGAUCUCCCCGUCUGAGGCCAAACAACGCUGUGAGCAUCAAGGGAAUCAUGCCUGUGCCCAAGAAAGCAGGAAGAAAAAACAGUGCUGCUGCUGCAGAAGACAAGCUGCCGCCAUACGAGCCAAACAUCCCUGAGCCAACCACCAGGGCUGACUUCAUGAAAUACUGGCUCCAGCUCUCUCUGGAUGAUAAAACUGCACAGAAACUGUUGUGGAUUUCAGAGGGUGGGUCCAAAGUGGCUCGCACAUCUGAUGCAGUGUGUCCAUAUCCCAACAGGCCCGAGAGAUACGAACACUCACCACAGGUGCUGUGUAAGGAGGGUCUACUGGGCUACCGAGGGUACUGGGAGGUGGACUACGACGGCUGGGUGGUGAUCGGGGUGGUCAACGAGAGCGCGCCCCGGAAGGGCCAGGACGGGCCCUGCGGCCUCGGGGAGAACAACGGCUCCUGGGGCGUCGGCUGGUCUGGCUCCUGCUACCAGGUCUGGCACAACAGUGAGAACGUGGACGUCCAGCUCCCCCUGUGCCCCACCAUUGGAAUCUACGUGGACCAGCCCGCCGGCAUCAUCAAGUUCCUCUUGGUGGAGGGAGAGGGCGAGAAGGAGGUGCGGCUGAUUCACAAGUUCAAAGCAAACAUCCAGGAGAAGAUUUUCCCUGGGUUCUGGGUUGGCACGAAUUCUUUCUGCCUCAUCCGGAAAAAGGAUCAGUGACAAAUUAGAGGGUGUAGCCCGCGGGACAGGGGAGGGGUCAAGUAGUGUAAAUUUAAGAAGGUGUCAGGAGGGAGAUGGAAAGCUUGUGAUGUUUGGGGAACAAGUGUCGCCAUUGUAGAGCAGAACCGAAGCACGUCAUGACAUCUUUGUAGAUCGUGCUUGCUUCCUCUGGUGCAUGCAGAAAGCUUAUUCGUGUCAUAUUAUAUCCAGAAGUGCACAAUUAUUUUAUUAACUAUUGUGUAUCUAUUCAUGUGUUUUAUUGAAUUUAGAAAAGAGGGAAAGUUGUGUAUGUUUUUAUUACACACAGGGCUUUGCAUGUACUGCAGUGCUUGUUUAACUUUAGGGUCUUUAUCUUUUUUAUGUGCUGAAUGUAGUCAAUAAAUUCAGUUAUUGUGUAAUAACACUGACACUGCUUUAUUUUUAGCAUGAUGUCAGGGUUGAGAAGAAAUCAGAUGGUAGAUCAUAUUCAUGACUUGUACAGUAGAGCGCUGAGGCCCCCU